UCCGGAUGAAAUUUCAGACACACGUUCUUGGUUCAUCCAUGUCGCUUUGGCUUCGAUGGGCUGACUUCUCUCUCGUCAAACGUACGUCCUCUCGUUUCGCUGUGUCCUGAGAGUCCAGGAGGAGAGGUCGGAAAAUGCCGUUAUCCAGUGCUCCUGGAGCUGGAGUUGCAUCGCUCUUUCCGCUCCAAAAAUCUCAUGUUUCAGAUAGAGAGCUGGUUAGGUGCUUGAAGUCGUGGAGAAAGAACAGUAAGAUUGUUAGAAGGGAUUUCAGACCUUUGAGGUGUUCAAUAUCCGGUGAAAGUCGUUCCUCUGUUGAGGUAGAUGUGCCGUUUCCGAGGGACUAUGAUGAAUUGCUUGAACAAGCUAAAAGGGCGACUGAGUUGGCCGUCAGCGACAACAGACAGUUAAUGGAGAUUGAAUUUCCAACCUCAGGACUAGAUUCUGUUCCGGGUGAUGGUGAAGGAGGAAUAGAGAUGACAGGAAGCAUGCAGUUGAUUCGUGAAUUUUGCGACCAGUUGGUUGAUUCUGAGAAGGUUACACGAACCAGAAUUUUUUUUCCUGAGGCCAAUGAAGUCAAAUUCGCAAGAAAAUCAGCUUUCGAAGGAGCUUCAUUCAAGUUGGACUACCUAACAAAACCGUCCUUUUUUGAAGAUUUCGGCUUUACUGAGAAAGUGAAAAUGACAGACCGCGUGAGACCAGAAGACGAGCUAUUUCUCGUCGCCUAUCCCUAUUUUAACGUCAAUGAAAUGCUUGUCGUGGAAGAGCUUUACAGAGAAGCUGUCGUGAACACAGCCAGAAAGCUUAUUAUAUUCAAUGGAGAACUUGACCGCAUAAGGUCUGGAUACUAUCCUGCAUUUUUCUAUCCGAAGCUGGCAGCCCUUACAAAGACCCUUUUCCCAAAAAUGGAGACUGUGUACUACAUUCACAACUUUAAAGGAACGAAAGGAGGAACACUCUUCAGAUGCUAUCCUGGCCCAUGGAAGGUUCUCAGAAGAGUCGGAAACCGGUACAUGACUUUGCACCAGCAGGAAGCGAUGCCCUCACUCAAGGAAGUUGCCUUGAACAUUCUGCCCUCAUCUUGAACACUCAGCACAUUGUAUGUAACAGAUAUUACCGAUGCUUGAACGCUUGAUCCCGAGUCCGAACAUGCUAAUUGUGUGUUGAGCAGAGUUUGUAAAUGUAAGACAGAUCUUCUUUGUUCA